UUUUACUGCACGCAACAUGUGAAGUAUGAAAUAGAAUGCAUUAACCUAAAAUCUAUACGUUUGUUUACAAUUUCUAUAUACACGUGGUUAUAAAACUAUUUUUAUUGUAUUUCACAAUUUUUUUUAUAUUUAAAUUUAUAUAAAUGGAGGAAACAAAGAUUAAAAUGGAAGUGGAAGACGAAUCUAAGGAAAACAUAAAUCUUUCAGAAGUAAAGGAAAUUAGUUACGAAGAAAAGUUAAAAAUUGUAAAUGCUAUUGCAACCCCAAUGGCUUCAAAGAAAUUUACAAAAAAAAUUUUUAAAUGUAUUAAAAAAGCAUCCAAGCAUAAAGGCUGUCUUCGAAAUGGUCUAAAAGAUGUACAAAAACACCUUCGAAAAGGCGAAACAGGAGUGGUUGUUUUUGCUGGAGAUGCUUUUCCAAUAGAAAUAAUGUGUCAUUUACCAAUUGUAUGUGAAAGUAAAAAUAUACCAUACUGCUACACACCAUCCCGACAAGAUAUUGGUGCUGCACUUGGUGUUAAAAGAGGCACAUUAAUGGUUCUUAUAAAAGAACAUCCAAACUAUCAAGAUCUAUUUAAUGAAGUAAAAAGCACCAUGGAAACAUUAGCGUGUCCUUUAUAAUUAAUUUUAUUAUGUAAAUAUAAGAUCAUUUAAGUUUAAAUACCUUGA